AUGAGAAUGGACGGUGGAGAUUUUGGAUUGUGGUUAGAUGGACGGUGGAGAUUAGAAGGUUUAUCUUGUGUGGAGUUUUCAGAAGGAUUAGGCUGUGGUUUGAGAAGGAGUGAGGAAUCGACACGUGGAGUUGUUUGA